CAAUCAAAUUAUAUUUACAUAUGGCACAAUUUCUAUUUAACUAUACAAUUACUGCUUCUAUUGCUGCUAAGGUUAACGAUAAUAGCUCUGGAUUUUCAGUCUUUAUGGAAAUGACACCUAUUCAGAGCGAAAUAAAUAAAAUUUAUCAAGAUGAAUAUUUACAUUGUGCUCUUGACCACGAUAAAACAAGAUCUACAACAACUUCAUUUAAGAAAUUGUUUGGUUGUAAUGAAUGUAAAGAGUAUUAUACGGAUAAUAAUAUAAUACACAACUAUUUAGCUAGUACAUCUGAAGAAUUGCAAUAG